UCAAGGGAUAUACGACAGCACGAAGCAACUUUAGAGAGGCAGCUCAGAGAAAUGCAGCAACGUGAAGAAAACUUACAAAGGCAGCUCAGAGAGAUGCGGCAACGUGAAGAAAACUUACAAAGACAGUUGAGAGAAAAAGACCAGGAAGUAAAUGAACUAGAGUUAAGUCUUUCCUUAGCUCAGCAAACAAUAAGUGAACAGCAACAACAGAAAUCAUGCGAUUGGGUCAUUUCCCGCGAUGAAAUUCAACUGACCAACAGAUGCCUUGGCAGGGGAGGCUGGGGAAGUGUUUAUGAAGGCGUGUAUUGUGGCUGUACUGUAGCAGUAAAGCAAAUUCAUGAUCUGAUUCUCUCCCCUCAUAACAUUCUUCUUUUUGAGAGAGAAAUGAAUAUUGCGUCCAAGUGCCGCCAUCCUCACUUGCUUCAGUUUAUCGGCGCCACUAACGAUGAAGGAAACCCUCUGUUUGUGACCGAGCUGAUGGAGAAAAGUCUGCGAGCUCUGUUAGAACAGCGACAACUCGACGAAAUAGAAAUACGCGUAAUUUCUCUGGAUGUAGCCCGAGCAAUUAACUACCUCCAUCAGAAGAAACCAGAGCCUAUCAUUCACCGGGAUGUGAGCAGUGCUAAUGUGUUGCUAUGGCGACAGGGUGACCAGUGGAGAGGCAAAGUGUCAGAUUAUGGCACUGCUAAUUUCAUGAAGCAGACCAUGACAGUGGCUCCUGGAGCUAUGAUGUACAGCGCACCUGAAGCACUUACAUCAAACCAAACAGUCAAGGUAAGUUUAAGUGAAUUUAGAAUUUUUUAUUCAGCACUGGUUCAUCAACAUCUUCAGACUUCAAAGAGACGCGUUGUUACAAUCAUCUUUGAGCGCGUAGCUACUUUAAGGUCAGGUUGUUCGUUUACGACACGAAAAAAACCCUACUCCACAUUACCCUUCUUCACCUAGGCAUGCAAUUAGACACAUCAAAAUAGUGUUAACUCGGAUUGCCCUGUGCAGUGUGGAAUGGCAAUAUCCCUUGCUGCUUAAGCCCCGGUCAAUCGGUGGUCGGUGAUAGCUCAAAACCAUCACCAUUUGAACUCAAAUGUUCAUGGCUCCAUUAUUAUGGUCGUUUUCAGGUGUUUAUGCCACGAAAAAAAAAAUUAAGCUUCUGUUGUGAUUUAAAUGUUCCUCAUUAGUUCUUCAGUUAAUUAUUUUGGCGACUUCGCAGAUAAAACUGAUAGGGUAGGUUUUUUUAAACGAAGUCCAACUUAUGCCACUGUUUAACAAAUCGUUGGACCUUCAGAUCUCUUCCUUAGUGAGUUCCUUUAAGAAGAUAAAUGCUUUUCUUGACUACCUUAUAUGCUCUAACGAAACUGUUCACGUUAAAUGGUGUUUACAUAAAAGCGUUCGGGAAACUGAAAAUGCAUGGCUUAAAACGCGUUUCUGUUAAAUACUGACUAAACUGCGUUUAGAUAACUGGCCUAUAGAGUCAAACCUUUCUUCAACGACUGCCUUGUGUGAGAGAGUGACGUCCCUGCUUAAAAAGGUGACCAUUGUAAUAACUAUAUUCUCACCGGGGCCAUCCGCAAACAAUGUCAGUAAUGCUAAUAAGAAGUGGGAGCCUCAGUGCGAAGCAGUAGGAGCGGGUUAUGAACAAUUUCUGGCUGUAAAUCAUACAACUUUAAAUUCCAGCUCCUUGUGGGUAUUACAGUCGACAACGGUAAUGUAACAGUUUGGGGCAGGAGGGUGGGGAGAGAACAAGAUUCAUUACGGUCUCGGUGUAAAGAGUGAGUCGGGAAGAGAAACUGACUUUAAAUAAGAAACCCACAAUGCACAGAAACGUAUUACAGGUGGAUUUCCACUGUCGCUUAAAUUAAUACGCGCGUCUAUAAAAUAGAGGAAUUAUAUGGAAGGUCACGCGUAAACGACAAGUUUAACGUUGAAGCUCGCUCAACGAGCGCAAAAAUUUGCUAGCUUACGCACGUGAAAAUUACGCGAUAGAGGAAAUCCAUCCUUAUAGAAUAGGUACGGGCUAUAGGCGGCGUGCUGGAGUAACAAAAUCUUUUUGAAAGACUUUGCUUAUCAAAGCUUAUUAAGGGUUGAUUUCCACUAUCGCGUAAUUUUUACGUGCGUACGUUGCGUAACAUGUACGUUCGCAAAUAAAAUAGAGGCACUGCAUGAAAGGUCGCACGUAAACGUAAAAGUAGAACCUCGUUCAACUUCACUUUUAAUCUCAGCAUUUUAUACCUUGCCUCUAUUUUAUUUAUGUGAUUAAAUUUACGUGCGUUAACAUGCGUAGCCAAAAACGCGUCAGUGGAAAUCAACCUUAAGAUUUCCAUUGUCGAGUAAUUUUUACGUGCGUUUAACGUGCGUGAAAUUUACGUUGGCAAGUAAAAUAGAGGCAAUAUUUGAAAUGUCGCGCGUAAACGUAAAAUUUGAACGUCACCCAACUUCACGUUAAAGCUCAACACUUUAUAUCUUGCCUCUAUUCUAUUUACGAGAUUAAAAUUUACACUCGUGUACACGCACGUAAAGAUUACGCGACAGCCUGUGGAAAUCUACCCUAUGAGACAUUAAAACCAGAAUGUAAUACCGAACCAAAAUGCUCUCAAAAAAAAUGUUAGUAAAACAAAGCGAGUAAGGUCAAUGACUUCAACGGUUUGUACAUCGUUCGCUGCUAAAUGACCUUUAUAGAGAGGGUAUUUGGGCCUUUGGGACGCACUUUAGAGGUUUUUGUCGAGAGGUUCAACAAAAGUAAACAUAUUGUCUGUCCGCUAGGACAAAGAACGCAUUUAUCUGUAGAGUUUCGACUGUAGAAGCAGAUAGAGUAGUAAAGAAACAAGAACACGCUUACAGCGGCAUUCCGCCUCGCCUGCUUGGAGAUUAGAUCGAGAAAUGAGGAGACGAUUAAUUCUACAAGAAACAUGAUUUACUCGCUAAAGGUUUUUUACUUCCUACUUUAUCGACGUCGAUACUUCUUAUUUGUUUCUGAAUUGAUUUAGUACGCGUGUUAGCGACGACCUGAAAUACCUCUCCAGUAGCAGGCUAUACGCGUGUAUAAAAGGGCCUCGAUUCCAGAGAAAUUACAUCAUUGCCAGAUAUCAAAAAAGUGAUUUACAGGGCACGUCAUUUCAAUCAUCGCGGGAAAAUAAAUCGCAUGCUCGUCACAAGACUCAUUUGCAUACAGUGAAAGUUGCUAAUUAAGAUUUUUUUUUCCGACCACUCAGUAGUGUUCACUUGCUUCAAAGUAAUCAACGCUUUCAAGCGAUAGAAUUCGUGGACCGAGACGUUUCGGAAAAGCUGUAAAUUUAAUCUUUCCUAAGCUUUCUUCGCAGAACAUGCGUGGCUUCGAUCAUGCAACGAUUCUUAGUGCCAGUUUCCACGGUCUCCUCAAGGAACGCCUGACACAAUGACCUUCCUUUUGUGACCCAAAAUUCGACCAAAAAUUCCGGAGGGGGCGGGGGGGUUACUUCCAGAAAAAUUGGGUGGGAAUGUGCUCCACACUUCAACAAACCCUUAUUUCAGACCAAAAUCUGUGAUUUUCCCUAACCAAUUUCAGACCUGAUCAAAAAUUUUAGCGGAGCUCCACGCGCGCGCGAAGCCCCAUAGCUUAGAAAAUCUACCCAUCCCAGAAAAUUUGGUAAUCACGUGACCGUACACCGACCGCCGACCGACCGUCCGUCCGCACCACAGGACAACCAAUGUUUACUCUCACACUUUUAGCUAGUUUGGGAGCCCAAGAGAAAAAUAAUUGCACAUCAAUGUUGUGAUCAAUUGACAGCUGUCAAAACAGGGCAUCCGCUGACCAGUAUCACCUGACCGUAGCGCGGGCUCAAAUGUCGAUCCAUCGAGGUCGAGUAUUUUUUGAAGUUAUCCGCUGACAAAUUACCAGUUUGAAAUGAUCGCAGGCUCAAGUUUAUUUUUUCCAAGGAUUCAUAUCAAAUAUGUUGUGUUUAUGUCACUAUGGCCCCGCACUAGUAGGACUUUGAUUUCAAACUGACUUCGGAAGCGAAAAUUCAGCCAGUUUUUUUAAAAGUACAGGCGGGGAAGACCUUAUCUUACCAUGGUCACCCGUUGGUCACGCUCUACGUCCAAUUUUUAUACUCUGAUUGGUCAAAAUUUGACAGGUGAGUUCACGCGAAAAAAUUAUGCAGCAUCUUGAAAAUUGUUUACUUUGACAGCUGAAGCUGAAGAGUUUUGUGUCAACUUGUGAUGUUUUUAACUGUCUUUUUCUUCUGGAUGUACAAAAUGAAAUACAGCUGCUAUCAAGAGUCUUCUGUUAUUCAUGGCUGGUUUGUUUACUGGGUUUUUGGUUGAGAAACGCGUCGCUUUUCAAAAUUUGGUAAUUCGAUUUCGGAUGGCAUCGUUUUCGUUUUUCACCUUGCUUAAUGCGUAAGAGGGUUUAAAAGUCUCAAGCAACUGUGGCCUUCCUUGAUAGCUUUCAGGAACUGAAUCUCGAAUGGUAAGCCUGAGUAACUAUUGUAUUUGAUGUUUGUUUUUGUUAUAUCUAAUUUCAUGAAGUCUUGCACAUUCACGCUGACAGUUUAUGCGGCAAGUUUAUGCACGUUUGUAGCCGUAGUUUGAGUCAAUGAUCUGACCUAGUAUCAGGUUUGAACGGUUUGAUAUAAGCUUACAGAACUUUAAAAAGCCUUCAGAUAUAUUUGCUCACCACAGAUAGAAAGAAAACGUUCCGAAGAAUAUUUAGUUAUAAAUUUGGCUGUAGAAAGAAAACUUUGAGCGAUUUUCUUGCUUCGAGGAGUUCACCUUGGAAAACAGUAAACACCCGCGCCGGGAAGCCGGCUUAUAAAGCUUCACGCCGAGACUCAGGAUUUUUAGAGACACUUUAAUACUUGUCUUCAUGAAUGAAAAUUGUUAUCUCUGUAAAUGUUUCACCGAAUUAUAUUUCUUUUUUUGAUUGUUAGUAGUCUCUCUUGCAAUUUUAAUCGCUUGUCUGUGCCGUUUGUUUUCAUCGUUCAUGAACAUCGCUUGCAGGAGUACUCAAAAAUGUCGCGCGUAUCAAACGCUUUAUAAGAUUACACAUCGUUAUAACUGAAACCAUUAAAUAACAAAAAAAAAAAAUAAUAAAUUCGCUAUUAUGUUGAAGCUUAACUCUAUUAAAGUUCAUUCAAACACUCGACCACACUGACAGCUCGCACUAUAGAAACGAGAACCGGCUAGCCAUAUGGGUGAUUUUGGAAAUUUUUGAACGGUUUCGCUUUACGAUUGAUCGUCCUGAAUAUUGACUGAGUGCAAUUUGUCUUGAAAAAUUGUGAAAUACUGCAUUCUGUCCGAGGUCUGUAUGAUAAAUAGUACUGUUUCACCUCAAAUGUGAUGUAUAAAAAUUAUAAAAGGUUGGUUUAAACACCCCCAGAUUUGUUGGCAAGAAUUUGUAAAGUAAACCUGUCGAACGCAAAAAAAUUCGGCGUGAUUUGUUUUCCAAGAAUUUGUUUUCGAGGCCUAAUCUACUGUGAUCUUGAAUGUGAUCGAAGAUGUUUGCUAUUUUUUGGGUGUACAUAUAAGGUUAUCAAUUCGAUGUAAGAUGUUUCACUCUAAAAUAACUUAGCCUUUCCCUCAAAAGUCACAUGAAUGUGCCCUUAAGUUAAAUGAUUUGUCGAUUAAAAGUUUAUUGUUUGAUUUAAAUUAUAAAUUUAUUAAUUGGAGCUUCGCUUUUAGCCCUGGCUAAAUCUAUAUCUUAUACCCUAUUUCAGACCUGAAGCCCUGGAGCUCGGUGCUUAACCGGAGCGCGUGACACGGCUGUUACGGCACGUACACAGUAGUUGGAGUAAACAUCAAAAUUGAAAAGGUCUUAUCGCCAAAUGAUGAAGAUGUAGCUAAUUUUUCUAAAAAACAUACAAGACUAGAGUGCACAAACCAAACCCUAUUGCAGACCAAAAUGGUCGAAAUUGAUACCCUAUUUCAGUCCAAAACGGCUAAAAAACCAUACCUUUGGCGCGGCAUAUACCUAUAUAGCCUCUAUUAGGGACUACCCCCCUCCCCCCGGGGCAAAAAACGCGUUGCAGAUUAUGAGUCUCGCUGCUUACGCAAGCGAGACUAAUAAUAGCCUCACUGUUAUUGUCUACUUCAGUUUUUUUGGAGGGGGAGGGUGGGGUGGACGUGGGCGCGUAUUUACUUUUCCUCCCUAACGAUAGGAUGGAUAUAUGAUUAUAUACUAAUGUGCUAAACUUUACAUUCCUUUAUCUCCUGAAUUUGCCAAGGAACAGUCAAAUAAAGACGCCAACCAACCCCCCCCCCCCGCCCCGAGCAAGUAUAGUCCUUCAGAUACUACUCAGCUUCAUGUAAUAAUUGCUAAAUAACGAAAUAAAUAUUUAAAAUGGCACUAAGAACUGGGUAUAACUGGCAGUAGUGUAAUAGAACGCUUUAAGGCAAAUAACAAGAAAUAAUUUGUAUUGUUCAUAGGUUGAUGUUUAUAGCUUUGGUGUGCUUCUUUGUGAAAUGUGCAGCCGGCAACUUCCAGAUCCUAGAAGGCGUGAACAGCAAGUUCUACUGAUGACGGAUCGAUCCUUAAGAGGCCUGGUACGGCGAUGCCUGCAGACAGAUCCUGGAGCGAGACCUACCAUGCAAGAGAUAAUCGAUGAACUAUCCAUAACUGUGUAA